AUGUCCGUCAGUCAGCUUGAUCCAACCCUGUUAACACUUAGCCCAUUAAGUGACCGUUUGGCACCCCCUCCUCCUGGAACUCAAUCGCCUCAUCUCAACACAACGGCUGAAGUGGCUGGUGGGAAGAAGAAACGAUACCACCAAACUCAGAAGGAAAUGGCAGCGUUUUGCUCAGAGCAGGCCAAUAUUAAAAAGAUCAAGGCCCUCGAGAAAGCGAAGGAGAAGCGGGCAAAAAGCCGUGGUCGUGGUGGUACUUGUUGUUUAACCCAGACAUCGGCCUCGGAACAAUCACAGGCCAACUUGAAUCAAGCCUCGGCCCCGGUGACAUCACAGCCAUUGGUCCCGGACCCCAACCCUCCAUUCAACUCGGAUGACUAUGAGAACGUGUGUUUGUACCUCAAGGAGGAAGCGAACUAUACUAGGCUCUAUGGCGAUGGUUCAAAGACGUUGGUUGGGAAGAAUAAGGUUACUAAGGGUGCGGCCUAUGACAUGUUUGCAAUCUUUAUCAACAGCAGUUCAAACCUUUGGCUUUGUCUGACCGGGAGCCAACUUCGCCAACGGAUCGAUGGGUACAAGAAGCGAUUCAUGAAGGCCAAAUAUUUCGCCAAGAACACCGGGGCUGGGAUUGACGAAGGUGCCAACCUAUAUGCCGAUUCUUCGAACGUGUGGGACGGUGAAGAACCAACUUUAUCGCUGGAGAUCUUCUACUCGGGAUGGGAAGAGAGCGAAGUGGAUCAAACCCCUUUGGGUGCAAAUACCCCCGCGGCCGGCCUGGAUUUGACCCGCUGUCGAAGUGCAAUUGGUCACCUCAAGAGUCUUAAUAUCCCAAACUCAGAUGGGGAGGGGGACCUGGAUGAUGAUCUGCUCCCCCCUCCCCUGGACUUCAGUGGGACCGCGAUGGAUCCCUCGCCCAGCCUGAUGACUCAACGAUCGAUUGCACGGGCGGCUCAAGGUUCUGCUAAUCCAGCAGGCUAUAGUGGGGCAUCAGUCCCUUUGGUCCCCCAGUUAACCACUCGAGACCCAGGGGGUCCUUCCCCAGCAAACGGGGUUAGUACCAGCCGCCGCGCGUUUGCUAAUCAGCAAUCAACAGAAGCCAGCCCUGUGGGACCGGUCCGAGAGGGUAAUGGGAAACAGAAAACGACGUUGGCUAGUGCUUUCAAAAGCUCAAACACUGAGAAAUUUGCAUAUCUGAAGGCGCACAUGGAGUGGGAGAAGCAGAAGGAAGAUAACCGACUUCAGUGGGAGAAAGAAUGA